AUGGUGGUGGAGGAAGUGCGCCACCAGGACGAAGCAGCCAGGUGUGCCACAGCCGUCUCCCAAGCUCAGCAAGGCCGCUGGAUGAAGUGGGAGGGCGUGGAGAGAAGGAAAAUCACGUGGAGCGAUCUGUGGAGCAUGAAGUCUAAUAGACUAAGCUUCAUCAUUAGAGCAACAUAUGAUGUCCUGCCUUCUCCAACCAACUUACAUGUCUGGUAUGGUGAAGACCCAGCCUGUCUCCAGUGUGUGGCCCCGGCAACCCUCAAACACAUCUCAGUGGGUUGCAAGACCAGCCUAACACCUGGGAGACACACCUGGCGCGACAACCAAGUGUUGAAGUGCCUGGCUGCCGAACUUGAGAGCAGGAGGGUAACUACUAAUGCCAUGCCUCCAAACCCCCAGCCCGGGCCCGGAUAUCCGGGCCUGCCCCAGUCUACCUUCCCACAAAAAAAAUCUUUCAUUCGGAAAGGGGAGAAAAGAAGGACCAAGUCAUCUGCUCCGGAUCCAGGCCCACUGGACGUAGCCCGGGAUUGGGAAAUGCGGGUGGACCUCAGCCAGAGGCUCACCUUCCCAUCUGAAAUUGCAGCGACCAACCUGCGCCCGGACCUUGUCCUCUGGUCCAAGUUUUGCGGGCGUGUCUUCAUCGUUGAACUGACCGUCCCAUGGGAAGAUGCCAUCGAUGAAGCAUUUGAACGGAAGAGAUGCGAUAUGCCGAUCAAGCAGAUUAAGCAGAAAGGAGGGGCUGGUGGCGUGACGGUCCCGCGGCGGGCGGCUUCCCAAGUCUUGAGCCGCCAACGCCGCUACAACAGUCCCUUCGAGGAAAUGCGGCCGGGAAAUAUGGAGCGAGAGUGCCGAGAGGAAACGUGUAACUUUGAGGAAGCCCGUGAGAUCUUUGAGGAUGACACCAAAACUAUGGCAUUCUGGGCAGGAUACAUUGAUGGAGACCAAUGCAAGCCCCCACCCUGUCAAAAUGGCGGCGCCUGUGAAGACGGCGUCAAUUCUUACACAUGCUGGUGUAACGCAAACUUCACAGGAAAGAACUGCGAGAUCGAGGUCAACAAACAGUGUUCGCUCAUCAACGGCGGCUGUUCUCACUUCUGCACCAUGAAGUCAAACUUGGUGAAUUGUCGCUGCCCGCUCGGAUACCAGCUCGGGGCCGACCGCAGAACUUGCGAGGCCACAGGAUAUAUGAGCUGCGGCCAGACGGGGGUCGGCUCUGUUCAUACGCCGCGUUCGUCCAACCAGACCGGCGAUGGUGAACCUGACGAUGUCAUCCCGGAUGAGUGGAUGGACUACGAGGAGGAGGACGAAAGGGUGGGCAACGCCACCGAGGCCUCACCAACACCACGUGUCAGGAGGCGAUCAGUGAAUGACUUCAUAGAUUUCUUCCCUACGAUUCCGACCAUCACGGCGAUGGAGAACAGCGAUCAGAGGAUUGUGGGAGGCUACGAGGCCAAAGCGGGCGACUUGCCCUGGCAGGCGGCGCUCCUCUCUCGUUCUAAUGGGGUGGUGGACAAGUUGCCCUUCUGCGGCGGGUCGUUGCUUAACGACCUCUGGGUCAUCACGGCGGCACACUGCAUCGUACAGCUCAGAAUGGCCGGGCAUGACUUCUUUGUGCGUCUCGGUGAGCACGACGUGGACGCAGACGAGGGUACGGAGAGCAACCACGAGGUGGCCGAGGUGCUGGUCCACAAAUCGUACAAGUACCAGAAGUCGAAGUUCAACCACGACGUGGCGCUUAUCAGGCUAGCCGUCCCGGUGGUGAUGUCGGCACGGCGCCGUCCUAUCUGCCUGGGGCCCAAAGGUUUCUCCGAAAACCUGCUGAAGGAGGCCACUACAUCGGUGGUGAGUGGCUGGGGUCGCCUGCGGGAUGGGGGGAUCCAGUCCACCAAGCUGCGCAAGCUGGAGGUCCCGCUGGUGGAUCGCAGCACCUGCAAGGCCAGCAGCGAGCAGCGUAUCACUUCCUUCAUGUUCUGCGCCGGUUUCCGAGACCGCAAGGAAGACGCGUGCCAGGGGGAUAGCGGGGGGCCACACAUCUCUCUCCACCAGGGCACCUGGUUCCUCACGGGCAUCAUCAGCUGGGGCGAAGGAUGCGCCCAGGCCGGAAAAUACGGCGUUUACACGCGUCUCUCGCGAUACUACGCUUGGAUCAGCAACACUACCGGCAUCCACAUGUACUCGUAA